AUGGAAUUUAAUCCUUUUACUGAGCCUUCAAACUUUGUUGACCUGCUUAGCAGUGAACAGAAUGUUGUCUUUGGUAAUGUACCCGAGUCACAGCUUCCCUUCUUUGCUUGUCAAGCCACGCACGAUUCGAACAUUGGUGAAGAGACUCAAGGCAGCCGUAAGGAGAGGAGGACGUGGUCUCCAACUGACGAUGUUGUGCUCAUAGAUGCAGUAGUAGGGAAUGAACAGAGGUCUAUUGCAUUCUGGAAGAGAAUUGAUGCGUACUACAACGCUAGUCCUAAACUUGUUGGGUGUGAAAAGCGAGAGGCAGCUAACUGUAAGAAUCGUUGGCAGAAGAUAAAUGACCUUGUUUGCAAGUUUUGUGGAGCUUUUGAAGAUGCGACCAGAGAGAGAACCAGUGGGCAAAAUGAAGCUGAUAGUGAGUUGUCUACGGCUAAAGCUGAGGGAAGCUCUAAAAAGAGGAAGAGUAUGGACGUUUCUCACUCUGCAAGCUCUAAAGCAAUUGAUGUAGACUCUGGUGAUGAAGCAACAACUCGUCCCCCUAGAGUUAAGGCAGUAAAAGGUCGUUCUAAGAAGCCAAUUGGUGAUGCAAAGGACUACGAAGAGUUUCAGAGAAUGUGGAGUCUGAAGAAGGAGGAUUUGACUAUAAAGAAAUAG